UGCUGGCGGUGCUGCUGGAGGCAGAGAAGGGAGGAUGGCAGCUCGGCGUGUGCUGAAAGCUGUCUUGGUGGAUCUCAACGGCACACUUCACGUUGAAGACUCGGCUGUGCCAGGCGCGCAGGAAGCUCUUAAAAGGCUGCGCGGCGCACCAGUUACCAUUCGCUUUGUGACCAACACAACAAAGGAGUGCAAGAGAGAUCUGCUGGAGAGGCUGACAAAGCUGGGAUUUGACAUUGCAGAAAAUGAGAUCUUCACAUCUCUGACAGCAGCCAGAAAUCUCCUGGAGCAAAAGCAAGUGCGGCCUCUCCUCCUGGUGGAUGACAAGGCCCUGUCUGACUUCACAGGUAUAGCCACUGAUGACCCCAAUGCAGUGGUGGUAGGACUGGCUCCUGAGCACUUUCACUAUGAGAUGAUGAACAGAGCAUUUCGGUUGAUUUUGAAUGGUGCUCCUCUUAUAGCUAUACAUAAAGCCAGAUACUUCAAGAAAAAAGAUGGCAUGGCUCUGGGACCUGGGCCUUUUGUAACUGGGCUGGAAUAUGCAACAGACACCAAAGCAACAGUGGUGGGGAAGCCAGAGAAAACCUUCUUCCUGGAAGCUCUGCGGGGGAUUGGCUGUGCCCCAGAGGAAGCCAUCAUGAUUGGUGAUGACUGCCGAGAUGAUGUUGGCGGUGCCCAGAACGCAGGCAUGCGUGGGAUUUUGGUAAGGACUGGUAAAUAUCGACCGGCAGAUGAAGACAAAAUCAAUCCAUCUCCUUACUUAACCUGUGAGAAUUUCCCAGAGGCAGUGGAACAUAUCCUACAGCAUCUGCUCUGAGAAAAGGAGCACCUUGUUUCAAAAGGCAUCUGUGUAACAGCAUUUCCUUUAUCCCUGCUUCAAAAACUAAGGUCGCAGGAUCAAUGCAUGCAUCACUGUGUCAGAAGCCUAGCCAAGGAAGGGCAGAAGGACUGUGGAUACCCAGCAGGCGAGACAGAAAGGCUGCAACCAGCUCAGCUGCUG